AUGCCUUCAAAGAAAGAAAAACAUUAUCAAAUUUUAACUGGUGUUAAAUCACAGACAACACCUCUUGCUAAUAGUACAAAUACAACAACAAAAGCAAAUGAUAAUGUUUCACUUACAAAUACUUAUCCUAUUGUAGCAACAACAGAAAAAAUGAAUUUAAAUAAUGAUUCAAUAAAUAGUUUAGAUCACUUAACAAUUAUUCGUGAUCAAAAAAAUGAACUUGAUGAAUUAAAUAAUCGUUUUUCAAAUUAUGUUCUUGCAUUACGUAGAAAAUCUAAAGAAAAUGAUGAUUUACAAAAAAAAGUUGAUGUAGAAAAACAAAAACAAAUAAGUCAAGAUAAUCAAGAUCUUGAAACACAAAUGAAUGAAUUACGACAUGAAAUGGAUGAAUCAGCUGUAUUAACUGAACAUUUUAUUCUUAAACGUAAUCGAGCAUUAAAAGAAUUAGCUGUACUUAAAGAUAAAAUUCGUACGGAAGAAGAUCAUUCCUAUACAAAACGCCGUCAAACAUUAGAAAAUGAAUAUCAACAAACAUUAACACAAUUAAAAGAAUUAGCAAGUCAUUAUGAAGAUUUAGAAAAAAUAUCUCAAGCAAAUAAAAAUGAAACGAAUCAAAUGAAUGAUUUACAUAAAAAACUUGAAGAUGAACUACAUGAUCUUAUAUUGAAUAAUAUUCGACUUCAAUGUAAUCUUCGUACGAUAGAAGAACAAACAUUAUUAAAAAAAGCAAUUUAUGAGACUGAAAAGGCUGAACUUGCUAAUGAACAAAUUAAACAAAAACAAUUUUAUACAAAUGAAUUGGAUAAAGCUAUUGAAGAUAUUAAACAUGACUUUCAAACAUUAUUAAAAAAUAAUAAAACUAUACUUGAAAAUUCUUAUACAGAACGUAUUGAACAAAUAAAAACACAAAUAUUAACAUAUGAAGCAAAUAAACAACAAGAAAUACCGUCAACAUCUCGAAUAUCAAUUGAAACAUUUCAUAAUGAACUAAAACAAACUGAAAAUGCUCGUCAAGGUAUUGAAAAUGAAUAUCGAGCAUUAAUUGAUCUUUAUAUAUCAAAACAAAAGGAGAAAAAUCAAAUUGAUGAAGAACGUAUUCGUCUUGAUAAUGAAUAUAAUCGUUUAAUAAAUGAAAUAAAUCAUUUAACAGAAGCUAUUGAAAUUGGAAAACAAUAUUGGUUUUCUGUACAUUUUGAAUUAGAAACAUAUAGAAGAUUAUUAGAUUUAGAAACAACAAAAUCGUUAUCUAAUAAUAAUAAUAAUAAUAAUAAUAAUAAUAAUACUCAUACACCAAUACCAAAUGGUAAACAGGAAAGUAGUCCUAUUGAAGAACAACAGCAACAGCAACAGCAACAACAACAACAACAACAACAACAACAACAACAACAACAGCAACAACCACAACAACAACAACAACAACAAAUGAUUACAGUCAAAAAAAAUGAUACACAACGUGCUAUAUCAAAAACUGGUGAGAUGAAAGUAACCAAUGAAGAAGGUUCAAUAUUAAUAUGUAAUAUUAUUUUAGGUAAAUUUGAUAUUGAUCAAGUUCAAGCAGGUUUUAUCUCAAUAAAUAAUGCUUCAACAAAUUGUGUUGAUCAACCACUUAAAGGAUGGACACUUGUUCGUAGUAUAAAUGAUGGACCAGAAAGUGUUUUUCAAUUUCCUGAUUCAUAUGUACUUAGAGCACGAACACGUGUACGUGUUUAUUCUAAUAAAGCUGAAAAUAUCGGAAAUAGUACAAUACAUGGUCGUCUAAUUGCAUCAUCAAUUCCAGCAUGGGCUAGUACAGUUCAAGGUGAUAAUGUGAAAAUUGUACUUCUUGAUGACAAACGUAUUAAUAGAGCUCAAUACAGUGAAACAUGGCAAUAA